UAUAUUGCUAUUAUUAUUGUGAGUGAUUUUUUUUUAUUUGUGUUAUUUUGCCAGUAAAGCGUUAUCUAUACAAUCACCAUAAACCACGGCGCUGUCUUUCUAGUAGCCAGCAGGGCGGCGACAAAAACAAUCAAAUCAUAAAAUUAUCAACUGAUGUUUUAUCAGACGCUCAUAUUUUGUGAAAUCUCACGCUAGUUUCCAGUUUUGAUCAGCACAGUAUGAGGCAGUGUUCUGCAAUUUUAUAUAUAAGAAAAUCUGUCACCCUUGCCAAUGUUUACAUUUAAAAUAGUUGCAGUGAACUGUUUCCUGUUUCUUCUAAGUAAAAUUAAACUCUUAGGAGAUUGAUUUCCUAAAAUGUCAGUACAUAGAAUCUAGUUGCUGUUUAUUUCCCAGUGUAAUUCACACAAAUACUUUGUAAAACAAAACGUUCACACUGCGUGAAUAUUUUAUUUCUUCGGAUUCAGUGUCGUGGCGAUGAAUGUGUGGUGAAAUAAACAACGUCUGGCUUUGUAUGAAUAACAAACUCAUAAACCACAGCAUUUAUAGUAAUAAUAAUAACAACUGAAACUCGAUACGACUUGUAAAGUCAGUUUGAAAUCGUUUCAACCCAAACAACAAGGAAUAUAUUUUUAGGGAAAAAGGGAUUUCUGACCGAGUGACCGCAUCUCAGAUGAUUACCUUGCUCCUCCCCUUUUACUAACUGCGUUUUAUUUCCAUAGCAACCGACAACAAACCUGUCGACACUUAUCUAGACCAAGUAUUGGGUAUCUAAAAGGUUGUUUAUUAGAUGUGGAGGCUGCUUAGAAAACAUAGAAGAUAAGCUCUCGACACCAUGAAACCCGCGUCCACCUCCAGAACAUCUGGCAGGUACCGCAAGUUGGCCGACACAUCCAGUGCGGAUGAGGACCUGUUUGACAAACCGAACAACAGCGAAUCAAUGGGAGAACCAACCAAGACGAAGAAAGAGCAAAGGAUCCUUCAGAUCAUCACCAAAGACUUAAUCCGGACUCUCAGAGUCCCACGGGUAGAACGUACAGAAGAUACUAUUGCCCUUCCGUCAUCUGGGAUUAGAGGGAUCAUCUCAAAAUCCCGUAUUGGUAUCAGUGAAGAGAGAGAAGCUUUAAAACAAGCUUAUAAUAAAGAAAAAGAGGCAAAAAUGAAAGCUGCUGAAGAGAGAAAGAAUCAAAUCUUGGAGAUAGACCAAUCUCAAAAAGAAAACCCAGAAUUAACAGAAAUGCAGCAAGAUGCCCAGAAGCGUUCGAAGCGGAUACUCAGCCGGGCCUACGACCUACAGAUGGAGGAAGAGCAGGAGAUUAAAUCCCUCAAUAAAUUGAUCCUGUGUGCUAAGGCUCAAGCCACAUGGGACGAGCAGCUUGUGGAAAAGAAAGAGAUCAAGGGCCUGAUGGACGAAGAGGAGAGGCGUCUGGACAUUAUGAUGGAGGUGGAGCGACGCAGAGGUUUAGCGGAUAUGAAGAUGAUAGAGGACCUUCACAAAAAGCAGAGAAUGGAAGGGAAGGACCAGAUUUACGGCCAGAUUAAAGAGCGAAUGGAGGAAAAACUAAAUGAUAACAUGCUGAAAGAGCUCGAGAAAGAACAGGUCCAUAGAGACCAGGAGAGAAUGAACCGGGAAUAUCUCGAGGCCAUGGAGAACAAGAGGAAGGAGCAGCAGCUUCUUCAGGAAGAGAUCAUGCGCAUCAAUGCGGACGUUACGCGGGCCAAGGAGAAGAGGCUGGAAGAGGAGAAGCUGGCCAACACCAGAGCUAUGGAUUACCUGAAACAGAAAAUGGAGAGGGAGGAAGAAUUUGAAGCAGAGCAACAACGAAUCAAGAGGGAGAAAGAGAAGGAGAUAACUCGGCUGAGGGCCCUGCAGCAACGGGCAAAAGAUUACAAGGCCGAGCAAGACGCGAUCCGUGCUAAGAGGAGCCAGGACAUCAGUGACAGAAAAUGGAGGAUGCAGCAGAAACAGCUGGCUGAAAAGAAAGCCAGAGACGAAGCCAAUCUGAAGGCGUCUCGCCUGGAGCAGGUUAAAAACAAGGAGUACUGCAUGAUGUUGGAGGCCAACCGGGAGAAGGCUGAUAUGGAGAGGGUGCUGAAGGAUCAAUUGGCACAAAUAGCCAAGGAGAAGGAGGUGGAGCAGAAGUAUAACGAGGAAGCGCAGCGUCACGCAGCGAGCCUUCGCCAGCAGGUGAAAGAACAGGAGCUCCUUGCUGCUGAAAAGCGCAGAGAAAAGUUCAAGGAGGCCGAACGGAUGUUUGAAGAAGACCGGCAGAGAAAUAUGCGCCUCCUUGAAGUCAAACAACGAAAACUCCAGGAGCUCAAGGCUACAGGGAUCCCUGAAAAGUAUUGCAUACAGGUGGAACGAAAGUCCCGGAAAAUAAUAACGGAUCCAAGGACUGUGAAGGCCUGAGGCUCAUCCAGUCAUUUCGGAAUAAAUAAAUAAUUUUAAUUAUUAUUUAUGAACAAUACUUAUUGCAAUUUAUAAAUAUAUAUGAGUGUCAAGUAGAAAUUAUUCAUAAUUUAGAAAUUCUUUUCAGCAUGUACAGCUGCUUCUUAAAUGUAAUUUUCAUGGAAACUUUCAUUUAUUUCUGUCAGUUUGCAUUCAACAAGCAUAUAGAAUCAUAACACAGAUAUAUACAGUAUAUUUUAUAUUAAUUCUAAUGAGUAUGGCUUGCAGCAAAUUAAAACUCCAAAUCCAGUUCGCCCGCCACCCCAAAAAAAGUUAUUUCCUCCACUAGCAGGAUAAGCCCCUGAAAUUCAGUGGAAGGAAAAACUAUGGAAGAAAAAGAUGCACAAGCAACAGGAAGGACCAAUAUCCUUGGCAGGAUUUUGAAACAAAGACCAUUCAAAAGAUUGUGGGAGAUUCAGAGGUGAUGGACAAUGGUAUCAUCAUUCUUGACUGGCCACACAACUUUAACUAAACGUCAUGGAUAAUCUAUCAUGAAGUAUUGUAAAGAGGAAAAUGAAUAGCCUGAUCUUCACAGUUCAACAGUGUUACCAGCUGAUUCACCUCCGUCUUACAGCACAUCAAAGCAGUUAAUUCAAACCUCAAGUCAUAUACCAUAGACUUGAGGGAUGUACUUUUCUGAAAUAAAAAGCUUCUUACCUCUCAUUUAAUAUUUUGAUUUUCUCAGAAACAGAAUUUGGGUUUUCAUUAAUUGAAGGCCUUUUUUCAUCUGAACACAAAUAAAUCCUUUAUCUCAA